GUAAAAUUGUGUGCGUAUAAAUUAAAAGUUUUUAUGUAAAUAUGAUUGAAAUACUCAUUGGCUUGGUAGGGGUCAUACUUGUGGUACUAUACGUACGUUUGGAACUACCCUUAAGAAGGAUAAAAAAAUUAACUAGUGCCAUACCCGGUCCAAAAGGACUCCCAUUGGUUGGAAUCUUAUUUGAUAUAACAAAAGACAAAGAUGCGUUAGGAUAUUUGUGGAAGAGCACACAAACCUAUGGCCAUAUCUUCAAAAUCCCAAUAUUAGGACGCCUGGCAAUCAAUAUGAGCAAUCCAGAAGACAUAGAGGUUCUUUUGAAAAAUAAUGAGAUCUUGGAGAAGCCGUACACAACAGCAAAAUUUUUUAGACCUUGGCUAGGAAAUGGCUUGCUCUUAAGUAGAGGAUCUUAUUGGAAACACCAAAGAAAAUUAAUAACACCGACAUUUCAUUUUAAUAUAUUAGAAAAGUUUUACGAAGUUUUUAAUGAACAAGGUCAAAUCUUAAUCGAAAUAUUAAAAGAAAAAGCAGAUGGGAAAACAAAUAUAGAUAUUUUCCCGUACAUGCAAUCUUUUGCAUUAGAUGUAAUUUGUGAAACUGCUAUGGGCACAAAAGUUCACGCGCAGACAAAACCACGAAGUGCUUACGUUUUAGCGGUACAUAAUAUGGCAAGGAUUAUUGUUGAAAGAGUUUUAAGUGCCAUUCAACAAAUAGAUUUCUUAUUUGCUUUUACUGAAAAUGGACGCACUCAAAGAAAAGCAUUAAAAGUGUUAAAAGAAUCAACUGACAAAUUGAUUCGAAAACGUCGAGAUGAUUUAAUCAAGGAAUCUGAAAAUAAGUCAAAUGAAUGUCAAGAUGAUACUGUUGGUACUAAAAAACGCCUAGCAUUUUUAGACUUAAUGCUUCACGCGCGAAAUAUGGAUGGUACUCCGUUAACCAAUGAACAAAUCAGUGAUGAAGUAUCAACUUUCACAGCUGCUGGCCACGAUACGACGGCAACACAGUUAGCUCUUCUAUUCUACUUACUAUCCAAAAAUCAACAUAUUCAGGAAGAAAUUUAUAAAGAACAAUGUGAUAUUUUAAUGGGUGAAAAUCGUGAUCCUACAUUCCAAGAAGUACAAGAAAUGCAUUAUUUGGAAAGAACAAUUAAAGAAGCCCAGCGUUUAUUACCGAGUGUGCCACUUUUUAGUCGUCAAGUAACUAAAGAUUUACAAUUGAAAACAAAUAAUUACAUUGCUCCAGCAGGAUCAAUACUAACCGUACUCACGUUUGCUUUACAUCGGAAUCAAAAUAUCUAUCCAAAUCCUGAAAAAUUUGACCCAGAUCGUUUUUUGCCAGAAAAUUUACGGAAAAGAAAUCCAUAUUCAUUCGUUCCAUUUAGUGCAGGUCCCAGAAAUUGUAUAGGUCAAAAGUUCGCUAUGCUUGAAAUGAAAACAACUGGAAGUAAAAUCUUACGAAAUUUCAAAAUACUACCAGCAUUCGAGGCUGACGGUAGGCCUUACGAACCAGAUCUAAGAGCGUAUAUUGUAUUGACAGCUAUAAAUGGUAUUCAACUACGUCUCGUUCCCCGAAAUUAAGUUUAAUUAAUCAUGAUUGUAUAAAUCUGUAGUUUCGUAAACGCGUACAUAGUAGCAAACUUCAUCGUCAAAGUUCCGUUUACAUAGUUAACAUGCUUAAUUUCAUAUGUAUUUU